AAUCUCAAGGUUCACCAGGGCAACAACAAAAAAUCACACACUAGCUUCCCACACUCAUCUUUCAAUAUAUUCUCCCUAGUAGCUAGUUAUUAUAUUAAAUGGAUAGAGUUAAGGACUUGGCAUCAAAGAAGGCUGCUGUUAUAUUUACCAAGAGUUCAUGUUGCAUGUGUCACAGCAUAAAGCAACUUUUCUAUGAGCUUGGAGCAAGCCCAGCAGUUCAUGAGCUUGACAAUGAUUCCUAUGGGAAGGAAAUGGAGUGGGCUUUGAGGGGUAUGGGCUGUAACCCUUCAGUCCCAGCAGUGUUCAUUGGUGGAAAAUUUGUGGGCUCAUCCAAAGAUGUCAUAUCCCUUCAUGUUGAUGGCUCUCUCAAACAAUUGCUCAUGGAUGCAAAAGCCAUCUGGUUUUAGUUAGUUACACUAAUUAACACUUAUAUAUAAGAGUUCCAUACACUUAAAGUGGUGUAGAAGGAACUCUGAUAUGCUAUUUGCAGUCAGUGUUUUUAAUCAGGGACACUCCUGCUUUUUCUUGAGGGUCCUCUUUCAAUUGUACCUAAACAAGUCUGUUAAAAAAAUAGUCUUUUUUUGGGGUAUUUUCUAAAAGGCUAACUGUAUGUCUAUUAAGUUGUAUGAUGAAACUUGAUCAUGCGGGAGAAAAGGUUUAUGCAAGUGUAAAGUUUCUUGGAUUCG